AACCACAACUGCUCCGCUUCCUGUGGACGAUAGAAUGCUGAACUACACUUCCCAGAUUGCAACUGUCCGGGAAGUGACGUACGAUACUGGAAGCCGUCACGUGAUCACUAGUUCUCGCACCCUUUUGCUGCCGGAAUGUUUGAUUCCGAGUGGUUACAGGUUGGAGAUAAUUCUGCACCGUGUUAAUAUCGCGACAUCACUGGAUGUCACAGGAUGAUAGUGUCCUGUGAAAACAGAUGGCCAGACUGAGGAGACAGAUUUGUCGCGUUGUGCUGGACUAUUUUGAUAAAACGUACACAAAUGAAUUGGGCGAUCAGUGGCAAACAGUCAAGGAAGUGCUGACGGCGCCCGGCCUCUGGCAGUAUGCCGUGUUACUGAAUCAUUUCCAGUGCAGUUUGGAGACCAGGAAACAGCUAUUGAUGCAGGGUUACCACCGGCUCACACAUCAAACCUUUCCAGAAAAAUUGGAGUGCUAUAUCAAUAGGAAUCCUGGAAAAUUUCCUUCACAGCGCCAUCAAACUGGGAAGAUCAAAGAGUAUUACGUACUGAACGCCUCUUCUCUUCUCCCAGUAUUAGCGUUAGAUGUCAAGGAUGGAGAGACAGUCCUGGAUAUGUGCGCUGCCCCCGGUGGCAAGUCUGUAGCACUGCUGCAGUGUUCAUCGCCAGGGCAUCUUCAUUGCAAUGAACCGGAUAUCCGCAGAUCGCAAUGGCUGAAGGAGACACUGGAGUCCUUUGUUCCAUCGCCCCAUCUGAAUGCCAUCUCCACUUCCGAACUGGACGGGAGGCUUAUAGGGAAGUUGCAUGCCAAGUCAUAUGACAAGGUCUUAGUAGAUGCCCCCUGCUCUAAUGACAGAAGUUGGUUGUUCUCAUCUGAUGCUCUUCAGGCAGCGGAAAGAAUAUCACAAAGGAAAGUCCUCCCUGCAGUCCAAGCAGAGCUACUCAGGUCUGCCAUCCAUGCCCUUCGUCCCGGAGGAUCAGUGGUGUAUUCUACAUGCACAUUAUCGGAGUCUGAAAACAGCGCCGUGGUUUCCAGCGUCUUGAACUCUUGCAGAGACGUCCUCUCCGUGGACCUGAGUGACUUGGCCAAUACAUUAUCCCAUGAGUUCACAUUUUCAGCACAAGUAACUCAUGGACUGUUAGUUCUCCCACGUAAAGGAAAAGCCUGGGGACCGAUGUUUGUAUCUAAGUUAAUAAAACUGUAGUUCAA